CCAUUGGUUGCGACAGCAAAAACACUUGACGCAACACGGAAGUUACUGUUUCUUGUGGAGGAAGCAUAGACAGUUAAGGGAGGAAGGUGUACUGUAACGUUAAUGUAAUGCAGAGUGACCGUUUCCAUUUUAAUAAUAACUACAAUUAGUUGUGGAGAGGAUCAUUACACAGUAACAAAAUGAAAUGGUAUAUUACAGUUGGGUUGCAGUUUUUCUUGGCGGGGCACAUCAAUAGUUGGGAUGAUGGCAGCGUGCUGCUGCGGGACAUCCAGGUGUUGACUCUGUACAAGGGUCGCUACACCACGGCGAGGCGCUCCAGCCCAGUGCCCCAGCUCCAAUGUGUUGGAGGCUCGGCAGGAUGCCAGGCCUUCGUCCCAGAGGUGAUCCAGUGUCAGAACAAAGGCUGGGAUGGAGUGGAUGUACAGUGGGAGUGUAAGACUGAUCUGGACAAUGCCUACCGAUUUGGUCGCAUUGAGGUGAGCUGUGAGGGCUACAGUCACCCUGCUGAUGCCUACAUACUAAAGGGCUCCUGUGGCCUGGAGUAUACACUGGAACUGACCACAGAGGGCCAGAGGACAAAACAAGGCAGCAGGGGUUCCGACAGUGGAUUCAAGGAAUUUGGAGGUCUCGGGGGCUUUGCCUCCAGUUUUUUCAGCGGUUUCUCUGGAAACAAGCAGCAACAUCACCAGCAUAGCCACCAGAGCUCGUACCCCUCAGGCAGCGAGGACUCCGGAAGCCUGCUGGUGGUCGUUGUGCUUCUGGUCUUAGCCUACGGCGUCUACAAGCUGUUCCUCAGCGGGAACACAGGCCAUUCGGAGCAGGACAGCGGACAGGCUGGUUACCCCAGAGAUAAUCACUAUGGCUCGACUGCAGGGCCACCACCCCCGGGAUUUAAACCUGACUUCACAGGCAAUUGUGGUGCAAACCCAGGCUACGGUUUCCACAGUGACUACACUCAUGGACAACAGCAACCACGAGGCCAAGUUCCUCCUGGCACAGGCGGAGGCUUCUGGACCGGCAUGGGAACAGGAGGGGUGCUGGGAUAUCUCUUUGGCCGUCAGAGAAGCCAGCCCUACAACUAUAACCAAUCGGCCUACACUGACAGCAGACGUCCUCCUGCUGGAGCCUCCACCUUUUCCUCCGGGACACGCACUGCUUCAGGUUUUGGAGGAACCAAGAGAAGAUAGAAGCUGAGGAGGAGAAUAAAAGACGAGCUCAGUGUUGGCUGGAGGAUGGUCAAACAUGAUGAAAGCACCACGCAAAGACACUCUCUUCAUGCAGAAAUGAAUUUGUCCAACAACAUUGUAACAUUUGAAUUAGUUCUAUCUUUCUCUGGAGAGGUCAAUAUGCCAGCUACUGACCGGAAGCACUGUAUUUUUCUGUGAAUGCCUGGUUUGAGCUUCAGAGGUAUUUGAAAGAGCAUGCCAUUACUUUAAUGUGGUUUUAGAAGAUGAUCUUUCAGUUCACUGAUUUGAUCAGCAUUUUGUAAGCAAGAUAGCAUAAGUCAACAGGAAUUAACUUUUUAAUUUAUACAUUUUAUUCAUGUGGUCUUGUUGAGGAAAUAGCGAUCUAGGGUUUCUCUGAUUUUGUAGGAUUUCUUGACGUUCUCAUGAAUGUGUUCUGCCUCACAUGCAAUAAGAUAUCAAUGGAAACUGUGGCACCUUUUGCAUUCACAUAAAACAAAAGACAGAUAUUGAGAAAAUAAAAAAAGUGCUAAAUCUGGCUUAUAGGAAAAAAAUAUAUAUAUUUUUUGUACAUUCAUCCUUCUUUAUUUGCUAUUAUGUGCUAGCCCUCCAACCUUUGCUUCCCUUAUCAUAUAAGUUUAGAAUGUGUUCAACGCUUUGAAGUGUUUUAUUAAUAGGCCAUAUUUUGAGCAUGUGGUGUGUGAUAUUUUAGUAACUAUCUAAUAAAAAGAGAAACCAAAA